AUGGCUAAAUCCAAGAGCAAACGAAAGCAGGAGAGCCUGCCGGCCCAUGUGUCAGCCAAAAAGAUCAAGAUAACGACUACAAUUACUCCACCACCUGACAAGGGCCUCCUCGAAUCCAAAACCAUCCAAAGCGUGGGCUUGACUGAGGAAGAUCUCGAACUGGCAAUCGAUACCCUUACGACAUUGGCAGAAAAUCCGAGUGUGAUCAAGUCGAAAGCAUGCAGGGAUUUGCGUACUGCUGUCUACGAUUUCCGCCAGGCUUGCACAACCGGCUUCAAUGCUGCGAUUGAUACGAAUCUCACAGCUCGAAUCAGUGGCGCAUUGGCUGAUGGAGGAUACACAGAGGCCCGGAUCCUGCUGGCAGAGAUGAGGAUAAGAGGUCAGACACCCAAGUUGGGCGCUUUGUGUCGUUGGGUUCGAGAUCUGGAUGUUGUUAGUGGGCUCGCUGAACAAUUAGCUGGAGGGGAGAGGUCAAAGAAGGAAGCUGAGCUGCUGGUGGUCUUGGAUGCCAUACUCCGACUCACCGGGCCGACGGACUAUACGUCAGAUGGGCAAAUUAUUACCGGCCCAGUUAUUCCAAGAGAAGCGUGGGAUUUGAGGGAAAGUAGAGACAGGAGGCAGGUCUACGACAGAGUCCUGAAUAGAAGCAUUCUCGAAACUAUUCCUACAAACCUCAAAGAUCAGUUCCGCAUAAUCGAAACAAUACCAGGUCUUCAAAGGAAACCUGCGAACCUCCACCCAGCAAUCCUCCAUACAUCCAAAGACGAUGCGAUACUCCUCUCCUCCAACCCACCCAAAUCAACACAUCACAAGCAUCCAAUCGUCCCAAAUCUACACCUUCUCAAGGACAUAUUGUCACCAAAUGAAUGUGAACAAAUCAUUGCUGCGGCAGAGAUGAUAGGAUUCACACCUGAUGCUCCAAUCAGAGCAGAAGGAGAGGAGAGCAGUGUUUUGGCGCAUAACUUCUACUGGAUCGUGGACAAUGCGUUUUGUGGUAAGCUUUGGGCUAGAGUGUCCCCGUUUGUGCCAGUGGAUGUCGGAGGCAAGAGAGUACGAGGAUUAAAUAGAAGAUUCCGGGUAUAUAGAUACGUCCCUGGUGCGGAGUACAGAGCUCACAUUGAUGGUGCAUGGCCUCCCUCUGGAAUUGAUCCUACGACCGAUGCAUACAUCUACGACUCUUCUCCACCAGAAAAGAAGCAGUCCUCGCUUUUUACGUUUCUCAUAUAUCUGAGCGACGAUUUCGAGGCUGGAGAGACAACUUUUUUCCUGCCAAGUACAAGAGAAGGAAGUAUGAAUGCAUAUCCCGUCAAGCCAAUUCAAGGUAGCAUUGCACUGUUUCCACAUGGCGAAACGGAAGGAAGUUUAUUACAUGAAGGCACAGGCGUUCGAAAAGGAACGAAACCAUCAGCGAAGUAUGUCAUACGUACAGAUGUCCUGUACGAUAUUGAUACAUAG